GUCUUUGCUGUUUGUAAACAAGACUUUUCAUCACAGUCUCAAGUUCCUACAGAGGAGAACAGCUCCUCAAGUGAUGAUGUUCAACCCUCAUCUGCCCUGUCAAGUCGAUACACAGUUAGUGAGGAACAUUUGAAAGCCAAGGAACAGUUCAUGGAGAAGGAAAGAGAAAAUGCAAGGAUGGAGGUCAAAAGGAGAAAACUAAUGGAGAAGAGAGCACGACAGGAGGUUCUGCGACAAAUAGCCGAAGACAGGGUCAACAGGAGUAGCAGGAAGGUAACCAAACCUGCAUCUACUCUGUCUUCCACAACUCAAAUGGCAAGCAGCAGCAGAGAACAUAAACAAUGUUUACAGCACAGUAAACAGUGCUUGCUUCAGAUAAGAGGUCCAACUGGGCAUGUGCAGAGACAAACAUUUGCCCCUGAUGCCAAACUUCAAGAUGUUGUGACUUUUAUCUGUGGCCAGUAUCACCUGAGCUCAGAUAACUUUGAGCUUUUGCAGCCAUUUCCCCACAGGCUGUUCACUGACGCAGAAUUGACAACAACAUUAGUGGAGCUUGGACUUAGUGCAGGGGGUUCACUUGUGGUGAAGAAGAGAGAUGUCAAUCCACCGUCUUCAUUGUCUGGCCAGGCAUCUGCUGAACUCAAUCCACAAGAUGGUUGUGCUACGACAUCAAGAAUGGCAAACAGACCUGAGAAUACUGGUGGGCUACCAUCAAACCCUUGUCCUGACAGAGAGGACAAUGUUUCUUCCCAUGGAAACGAUGCUACUGGCAAUGCUGAUGAUGCUCAAGAAGAGCAGGAAGAUGCUGAUCCCCCAGUAUUUGAUAGAAGUCCACCACCAGAGUUAGAAGAUCACCUGAGAGUACCUUUAGAAGGACUGAAUCCAAAUAUCCUUGGUGUAGGCGGAAUGCAGAAUUUUGUUGCUAGGGGACAUGGUCACAUGUGGGGGGAAGGAGUAAGACUCGGUGCUGUUCAACAUAAUCCACAUGUGAUUGAUCCAGUUCUGAGAGCACAAACCCCAGGGGAGUCUGCUGUUAGGAGAUUGGAAAUGCGACAGCAGCAACAGCUUCAACCAGAAGCAGGACCUAGUCAAGUAACUCAAGAAGAGCAGCCCCAACUCCAUCGUGACGUUCAACGUCUGGAAGACCUGUGUAUCAACCACAUCAGCCAUCGGCUCCCUGGGCAUCAGAACCCAAUUUCUACCGUUGGCAUGUUACCACAUGAUCUGUGUGACAAGAUCUUGACUCAUCUCAUGAAGAAUAAAACACUUACUCCCAAAGCAAUGCAGGCAUUUAUCCCCUGUGGUCUGCGGCAUGUGAAGUUGGAUUGCUACUCUCUGGUAACUAAUGAGCUCCUGAUAGCACUUAGCCAUAUGGCAGCACGACAGGAGGUUCUGCGACAAAUAGCCGAAGACAGGGUCAACAGGAGUAGCAGGAAGGUAACCAAACCUGCAUCUACUCUGUCUUCCACAACUCAAAUGGCAAGCAGCAGCAGAGAACAUAAACAAUGUUUACAGCACAGUAAACAGUGCUUGCUUCAGAUAAGAGGUCCAACUGGGCAUGUGCAGAGACAAACAUUUGCCCCUGAUGCCAAACUUCAAGAUGUUGUGACUUUUAUCUGUGGCCAGUAUCACCUGAGCUCAGAUAACUUUGAGCUUUUGCAGCCAUUUCCCCACAGGCUGUUCACUGACGCAGAAUUGACAACAACAUUAGUGGAGCUUGGACUUAGUGCAGGGGGUUCACUUGUGGUGAAGAAGAGAGAUGUCAAUCCACCGUCUUCAUUGUCUGGCCAGGCAUCUGCUGAACUCAAUCCACAAGAUGGUUGUGCUACGACAUCAAGAAUGGCAAACAGACCUGAGAAUACUGGUGGGCUACCAUCAAACCCUUGUCCUGACAGAGAGGACAAUGUUUCUUCCCAUGGAAACGAUGCUACUGGCAAUGCUGAUGAUGCUCAAGAAGAGCAGGAAGAUGCUGAUCCCCCAGUAUUUGAUAGAAGUCCACCACCAGAGUUAGAAGAUCACCUGAGAGUACCUUUAGAAGGACUGAAUCCAAAUAUCCUUGGUGUAGGCGGAAUGCAGAAUUUUGUUGCUAGGGGACAUGGUCACAUGUGGGGGGAAGGAGUAAGACUCGGUGCUGUUCAACAUAAUCCACAUGUGAUUGAUCCAGUUCUGAGAGCACAAACCCCAGGGGAGUCUGCUGUUAGGAGAUUGGAAAUGCGACAGCAGCAACAGCUUCAACCAGAAGCAGGACCUAGUCAAGUAACUCAAGAAGAGCAGCCCCAACUCCAUCGUGACGUUCAACGUCUGGAAGACCUGUGUAUCAACCACAUCAGCCAUCGGCUCCCUGGGCAUCAGAACCCAAUUUCUACCGUUGGCAUGUUACCACAUGAUCUGUGUGACAAGAUCUUGACUCAUCUCAUGAAGAAUAAAACACUUACUCCCAAAGCAAUGCAGGCAUUUAUCCCCUGUGGUCUGCGGCAUGUGAAGUUGGAUUGCUACUCUCUGGUAACUAAUGAGCUCCUGAUAGCACUUAGAUUGCACAGACACCUCACACACCUCAGUUUGAGAGCUUGUCCUCUCAUAACAGACAAAGCACUGGAAGCAGUGGCAGUUCUUAAGAGACUCAAAUCACUUAAUAUAAAUCAGUGUUCCCAGCUUACAGACAAGUGCUUUUUCCACAUAAAGGAACUUCCAUCACUAGUGACAUUACAGAUGGACAUGACAAAAAUAACUGAUAGAGGAGUUUGCCAUUUUUUGGAGAAUGCUACAUGUUGUCCCUACUUGGUGCAUUUAAGUUUCAGUGGGACGUGUAUCACAGAUGGCAGUUUGGCAGCCAUGUCUGGCCUCAAAACCCUCAAGAUUCUUGCUGUCAGCAGUACAAAGAUCACUUCGCUGGAUGUUGUGCAUCACUUAGACCAGUUGGAAAGUCUGAAUGUCUCACACUGUACAGCAAUACAUGACAGCAGUUUGACAGCUCUGACAAAUCAUCCAUCACUUAUGUCACUCAAUCUACUCUCAACAAAUAUUUUUGACGAUGGACUCUGUCAUCUCCAAGGUAACAUCAAAGCUUCUAAAUUAUUUGAAUAGAGAACUUCAAGCAUCAAGAGGCAAUCAACAGUUUCAGUUUUUCUCAGUAUAAACAUAUUUUACUUCCUCCUAGUGUGCUUAUGUGU